CGAGCGGCGCUCCGCGGGUGCGGGGCUGCGCGGGCAGGAGCGCCGGCGGCCGAAGCAGCAGCAGCAGCGGCGGGAUUUGCCUAGGCUGGCCGAGCAUCCUCCAACUUGGAACUGUCCACCGGCGUGAGCUCCUGAACAUGAGCCUCCUGCCUCUCUACCUGCUCGGAUUGCUCCUCAGUAGCGGGCAAGCUUUACUUCAAGUAACAAUUUCACUUAGCAAAGUUGAGCUCAGUGUGGGUGAAUCCAAGUUCUUCACAUGCACAGCCAUUGGUGAGCCUGAGAACAUAGACUGGUACAACCCGCAAGGAGAGAAGAUCAUUUCAGGUCAGAGGGUGGUUGUUCAGAAGGAAGGUGUUCGGUCACGUCUCACCAUUUAUAACGCAAACAUAGAAGAUGCUGGUAUAUACCGGUGCCAAGCAACAGAUACUAAAGGACAAACUCAAGAAGCUACUGUAGUUUUGGAGAUUUAUCAAAAGCUCACUUUUCGGGACAUAGUUUCUCCACAAGAGUUCAGGCAGGGAGAAGAUGCAGAAGUUGUUUGCCGUGUUACGAGUUCACCUGCUCCUAUUGUCAGCUGGCUGUAUCGGAAUGAGGAAGUCACAACUAUUGCUGACAAUCGAUUUGCAGUAUUAGCAAAUAAUAAUCUUCAGAUUCUUAACAUCAAUAAAAGUGAUGAAGGAGUAUACAGAUGUGAAGGAAGAGUGGAAGCAAGAGGAGAAAUUGACUUUCGGGACAUAAUUGUUAUUGUGAAUGUUCCUCCUGCAAUCAUUCUGCUACAGAAAUCCUUCAAUGCCACGGCAAAUCGAGGAGAGGCAGUAACUUUGUUCUGCAGAGCCACUGGAUCACCACCACCUGAGAUCAGUUGGUACAGGAAUGGUAAACUUAUUGAAGAAAAUGAGAAAUAUGUCCUGAGAGGAAGCAAUACACAACUAACAAUAAGAGAUAUAAAAAAUAUCGAUGCAGGUCCUUACAUCUGUAAUGCUAAAAACAAAGCAGGAAAUGACAAAAAACAAACAUUCCUUCAAGUUUUUGUGCAGCCUCAAAUAAUACAACUUAAAAAUGAAACGACAUUUGAGAAUGGGAAAGCAACCCUCAUCUGUGAAGCAGAAGGAGAACCUGUCCCAGAGAUUACUUGGAAAAGGGCCAUUGAUGGAAUGACUUUCUCUGAAGGUGACAAGAGCCCAGAUGGCCGUAUAGAAGUCAAAGGGCAGCAUGGAAAAUCGUCACUGCAUAUUAAAGAUGUGAAGUUGUCAGAUUCAGGGAGAUAUGACUGUGAAGCGGCAAGUAGAAUUGGUGGGCACCAAAAGAGCAUGUACCUUGAUAUUGAAUAUGCUCCAACAUUUGUGUCAAAUCAAACCAUGUAUUACUCUUGGGAAGGCAAUCCCAUCAAUAUAAGCUGUGAAGUGCUAGCAAAUCCGUCUGCCUCAGUUCAGUGGAAAAGAGGAAAAUUAGUUUUACCUGUAAAAAAUACAACUCAUUUGAAGACCUACAGUACAGGAAGAAAGCUGAUUCUAGAGAUUGCUCCCACAUCUGACAGUGAUUUCGGACGGUAUAAUUGUACAGCCACAAACAGAAUAGGAACAAGAUAUCAGGAGUAUACACUUGGUCAAGCUGAUGUGCCAUCAAAUCCUCACGGAGUGCGAGUUUUAGAGCUGUCACAAACCACUGCCAAGGUUUCAUUCAAUAAGCCAGAUUCACAUGGAGGUGUGCCCAUUCACCACUACCAAGUGGAUGUGAAAGAGGUAGCCUCGGAAACCUGGAAAAUAGUUCGCUCCCAUGGAGUUCAAACUGUGGUUGUUCUGAGCAAUUUGGAACCAAACACAACAUAUGAAAUCAAAGUAGCUGCUGUAAAUGGAAAAGGGCAAGGAGAGUAUAGCAAAAUUGAGAUCUUUCAGACCUUACCUGUCCGGGAGCCAAGCCCCCCUUCAAUUCAUGGACAGCCAGAGAGUGGCAAGAGUUUUAAACUUAGCAUAACUAAACAAGAUGAUGGGGGUGCCCCCAUACUGGAGUAUAUUGUCAAAUACAGAAGUAAAGAUAAGGAAGACCAGUGGCUAGAGAAAAAAGUACAGGGUAGUAGAGACCACAUUAUCUUAGAGCAUCUUCAAUGGACCAUGGGUUACGAAGUACAAAUUACAGCUGCCAACAGACUGGGUUACUCUGAACCAACAUUGUAUGAAUUCAGCAUGCCACCAAAGCCCAACAUUAUUACAGACACUCUCUUUAAUGGUCUUGGACUUGGUGCUGUCAUUGGCCUGGGAGUGGCAGCCCUUUUGUUAAUCCUGGUAGUGACUGAUGUUAGCUGCUUCUUUGUACGACAAUGUGGAUUGCUCAUGUGCAUCACCAGGAGGAUCUGUGGGAAAAAGAGUGGCUCAAGUGGAAAAAGUAAAGAACUGGAAGAAGGAAAAGCUGCUUACUUGAAAGAUGGAUCAAAAGAGCCGAUAGUGGAAAUGAGAACAGAAGAUGAAAGAAUUACCAACCAUGAAGAUGGGAGUCCAGUAAAUGAGCCAAAUGAGACAACUCCCCUCACAGAACCAGAGAAGCUGCCACUAAAGGAUGAAAAUGGCAAAGAAGCUUUAAAUCCAGAAACCAUAGAAAUCAAAGUUGCUAAUGACAUCAUCCAGUCAAAAGAAGAUGAUAGCAAAGCAUAAUAAAAUAAACUACACCUGUCUGGAUAAUGCAUUUGGAUUGAAGUAAUCCCGUGACCAAAACUUUACAGUUGACCUUAAUUUCUUGGGAAACAAGCUUGGAAUAGUUAGUACAUGUGUACAUACGAUGAAACAGUUCCUGUCUACUGUUCUUUUCUAUAUUUUUUUGUUUGUUGUUAAUGGUUUUAGUAUGUAGUUUUGCUGACACCAAGUCCCAUAUAAAUUUGAAAAAUCUGAACUAUAGAACUAUAAGAAUAAGAACUAUAAUUUAUUAUAUGACAAAGUGUCUGUUUGGAAGAAAAAUUCUAAAGCACCCCUAACCACAAACAACGCAUCAAGCCAUCAAGCCUCUCCAGAUCUUACAGUGCAAGCUACAUACAUAAAGUGCCAUAUGAUAAUGUAUUUAUUUCCAUUUAUAAUAAAAUGUAAUUUUAGGCCUUUAAAAAAAACCAACUAAAUCAGUUUCAGUAUAACCUUAGCUCUGGCUGACACUCAGUAGCCAUUCCAGCUGUGAUUAUCACUUGAAUCAAACAAAAAAAGAUACACUCUUCAACACAGAGCCAGGUCCCACUGCAUUUUCUCCUAGGUUCUUAGAUUAAAAAAAAAAAAAAAAAAAAAAAAAACGCCGAAAGGCUCCAGGAUUUUCAAUGCUUCAGAUUUUCUGUAUGAAAGUUUUGGAGGUUACAUGUAAACUAAAAUGUCACCAAGGUGUAAAAAUAAAUCUGUUUUUUAAUCAUAAUCUUAACUUCAAAUGAAAACUCACAAUAUUUAUCCCAAUGUAUUUAUACAUACAGGGUAUUCAUUUUUGUCUUAGUUCAAACCAUUUAGCAGAGGGAAAAAAAUUGUGAUUUAGUGAAGUAAAUACAUUUUCUCCCCAAAUCAGUAUAUAAAAUAUUAAACUUGGCUUUUUUAAAGCAGGACUUUUUCCUUGUGAUUUCAUACUCUGUCUUAAGAAGUACAAUGUAACAACAGAUGGAAAGAGGACUUUAUCUAAGCAGUUAGGAACAAUUUUAAAUUAUUAACUAAUGCAAUGUUAUAUUCAACCAAAUACUUUUUUUUUUUUUUUUUUUUUUUUUGUCAUGUGAAGCUUUCUCUAAGAUAUUCUUUUUUAUUAUUCUGAACAAUAUUCCCCACCAGGAAAUUUGACAGAUUUUUUUGAUCCAAAAUUCAUUCAUGUGAAUGAAUCAUUGAUUUAGUGGUGCCACUAACUGGAGCAAGAUAGUUUGUUUCCAUUCCAGCGUAGUAUAUCCACACCUACCAAACUCUUCAAAGCCUUACUUUGAAAGAAGUAGAUAAACCAUAUAGAAAACUAGACUGGAAAAUUCUACUUGUCAGGAGUAAAUGGUAGAAUAAGUUGUGAAUUUUCCACAUCUAGGUCAUGCCUGAGUUUUAAGUGUACUUUUACUCAACAAAUUGUGUUUUCUCCAUGCUACAUCUGAAUUUUGAUCAUAUUUGAAAUCUUUGUACUAGGUGACUUUUGUGCAGUAAAGUAAAAUGUAAAAGGAUGUCCUAAAUUUGAGGAAAAUGUCAUAAUAACCUUGUUAACCCAAGUUUAAGUGCAUCUGAAAGAGCUGAAGGGUAUUUAUUUAAUUCUUAGGUCUUUCUUAUUUUUCCAAACCAAAUUGUUUUAUGGUUUUUUUACUACUUUUUCUCACCUUGGGAAAUACCUGAAAUGAACCAAGGGGUUGAGAACAGAGGUAUAUCUCUGGUGUGGCUAGGAUAGGAGGACAAGUUCCCACAAAAUCAAUACCAACAUGAAAAAAAUGGGUAAGAGGGGAUGGUGAUAUGGGAUGAAAGUCAUGGAAGAUAAUAAUUGAAAACUGCUGAGAAGAAGUUUCUCUAAAUGCUGAGGCAGUAAUUCUGUGUGAAGGGAAGAUGGCAUUCCUUUAUGAAUUCUCACUGUUGCUCCCAUAUACUGAGCAGGCAGUACUACCAAGUAGCUGCUUGCCUAUCAGAUUUCUGGCAUUAUUUAAUCAGAUUUCCUGAUUCUUUCUAAGUACAGCAGCAAGCAGCCCUGCUCCUAACCUAUAAUUAGGAGAACAGUUGUCUCAUUUAUUUAUAUGGAUUUAUAUUCUUUCAAGAAAGUAUGUAUUUGCAGCUGGGCUUUCUUCUUUUAUCAAAAUGCAAAGAAGGGACCUGGACAACUCCAGCAGUUGAGAAUAAUGUGGUUGGUGUGGCUUGAGCUUCCUCUCACACAAUAUUUUUCCUGGGAUGAGGAUGAAGAUGGUAGAUAGUUUCGUCUUCUACCCGCUGUUACAAAUUUGGAUGGUGCCAUUCGAUCUUUCCUAGGCAAAUGUUUUUUCCUAAAGCCAGCCUGAUCCUGAUCAUUUCCACAAGAAGGUGCCAUAUUUUAGUACUUCUUAGCUGAACUUACCAAAAAAAAAAAAAAAAAAAAAGGCCUAACAGUUCUAUAUUGAUGUUUGUUGGUUUUCAUUGGGGUUUUUUUUGUUUGUUUUCUUUUUUUUUUAAAUCUCCCUGAUAUGGCCUCUAAUUACAGUGUGACGGGAUGAGAAGUUUUAAGAGGUCUUGUCAGCACAUUUAUUACUAAUACACCUGUGCUACUCUUUACAAGCAAAAUAUAUUGUAGUAUUAUUUCAAUAUAGAAAGCAAAAAACAUGUCCUACUAUACUGGAUUAAAAAUCAAAAGCUGUUUCCAGGAGUAUUUAAUUUCUUCUUGCUCUUAUGUCUCUUGGCAGUUGGGCUUUGUGAGGGCUGAGAAUAAAACAGCUCUAAAUUUCUGAUGGACUGUUCAAGCACACCAUUUUGGUCAGUGGAUUAAUAGACUAUCUCUUGUGCUUUGACUCUGUUGCAGGAGAAAACCAAACUCUCACUAUGAAGAAUGCUGAAAACCACUGUUAUUUCAAAAUAGUUCCAAAUGUUUCCAAAUGAGGGACCGUGCAUAGUAACUUGUAAGAUAGAAGUAGAACUGGAAUAACAACAUUUGUUUAUUUUCUUUUCCUAUUCUAGAUUAAAAACAAAACAAAAAUGAAAACAGGUAUCUGUAUAAAUGUCACUUUUACUGUCUAAAAGUAUUUUAAGUGUUAGUAGGAAAUGUCAGAAGAGUUGACAAAAUAUAACUAUUUGUAAAAGUAAUCUGGAUUGUUACACUAACGUACUCCAGGGACCAAGGUGGGAAGGAGCUAUUGAAAUUAGUACUGAACAAAAUUUGGCAGUGACAAUCUCUUUUUAACAACGACAACAAAAAAAAAAAAAAAAAAAAAGAAAAAAAAAGAAAAAAAAAAGUACAAUUAACUAAAAUUACUUAAAUCUUCUUGUUAUUUUUCUUAAUUUUUUUAGUAGAACUGAGUUCUGAUUUACCACAAUAAUAACAAAGUUUUAAUUAAUAUUUUACAAUUUAGUAAUCAAAUGAACCCUGGAGAGGUUUUUCCUGGUUUUGUUUGUUUAUUUGCCUUUUUUGACUUCUAUGAUUGUUUUGUGGUUGCAGUAAUAUUUACUAUUCUGGUGAUGCUAAUGUCUAAUGUGACAAAGAUUAAUUUAUUCAGGCCUCAGUCUUGCAAGAAAUUUUGUGUGGUUGAACCCACCUCUUACAUGGCGCUGCACUGAUAUUAGUGGGGUGGAUGUGAGCAGGAAGAUGGACGUACUUUCAUAAGACAGCUUGCAGGAUUUGGCCUACUUUCUCUUUUCAUAGAUGUCUGCAAGGUAGUUACACCAUGGCCAUCAUCUACAAAGGCUGUUUGACAUCAGUCCCUGGUGCAGUAAAUUCCAACUGCUGUCUUUAGCCUUUGCAUUGAUGUUCAUCCAAAAACAAGUGGCUUUCUUUUUAUGAUGAUAAUUAAUUUGAUUAUUUAUUUAACUGCCAAUCAUCAAACUGUAGUGUAAUCAUCAUGCCAUUUUUUCUGUUUCCUAGACCAGAUAAUGGAAAUGUAAUUGUGCCUUUUGAUAGCAUGCCACUCUGCUUUAUUAAAGAAAAAUCUUCAAUAAUUUGUCUACAAAGCCUGUUUAAAAUAAUUGAAAGCUUUACUGUCACAUACUUUUCUGCUCAAAUAUUCUCAAAUAUUCAUCUGAAUUAAACUGAAGGUAUUAUUUUCAAGUCACAUAAAUAUUUGAAACACAAAAUUUGCAAAAAUAUAUUGAGAUCAUGAUUCCAAUGAGGGUCAUGAUGGGUGUCUUACUGCUGAAAACUUUCAAAUAGAUGAAGAGCAUGGUGGAUGUAUAGGGGUGUUUUGACCAAUUUCUCAAGUUGAAGAGUCAGAUAGAAAGUCUUCUUAGUUCUAUUUAAGUGGUUAGAAGUAAAAAAUUAAAUUAUUUCAUCAAAUCUGAAAGAUGAUAUGGAGCAUCUUCCCAUCAUUUUACCUCUGGAGUAAAACCGGAGAGAAUAUUCAUUUCACAAUCAUUUGCAGCCUGACUACCACUGUGUAAGCUGUUGUAGGAAGUAACAUCUUUGUAGAAUAGUUGUGUCUGUUGGAUGAUAUUCACUCCUGGUUAAAGGACCUUCAAAAAGACCAUUUACUGAGAAAGCUCAAGACCUCUUUUAUCUAUGGAAAGGUGUAAAAGCACUGCACAAAGAGUCACAGUAGAAUCCAGGCCUCAGUCCGUGUCUCCAGGCUUUAAGACACAAACUGAUUCCAGAAGGACUUGGAUUUCAUUCAUCCAUCUCAGCAAGGCUCUUCAUGUCCUCAGCUGACCGAGUUGCUUGUGUGAGUCAGAUUUCCAGGUGUAAGUGGAACUCAAAUGUCCUCCUGGAGUCUUACUGGCAUUUUGCACAGAGGACGUUUUUCCAUCAGGAGUUUUCACUGAUCAGGAAAUGGUGAUAGAAUAUCUGAUGACAGUUUUAUCCCAUACAUUACUAUAUGUCUAGAAAUAAAACAUCUCUUUAAGUAACUCAUUGUGAUUGCGAUACCUCUUUAGGUGAAGGUGAAAACAUUCUAAGUACAUAAUGCUCCUUCUUAAAUCUCUUUGUUUAGCUUCAGAUAAUCUUUCUGAUAGAUGAAAACUACCAUGGUUAAAUAAAUCUUUUUAAAAAAACUUCACCCCCUUUUCAGAUUUUUUUAUAUGAGUUCCUAAAGUACCCUGUCCACUUGACAGCAGUUCUGUAAGUUUUAAGUGAUCUUCAGUACUUCCACUGCACAUAUAAAUGUGCUCUUAUAUCAAUUUACUUGGACCUGAGCCAAAAUAAGUCUUAAAAAUUUGGCUUUGGAUCAGGUUCUGAGAAUUAUAAGUUUACCAGUCUAUCUUUUCUCUUAAGAGGCAUUGAGAGCCUCAUAAUGUUUGACUUUCAAACUUGAAUAUUGGCCAUUUUUAGCCCAGAGAAAUGAAAUAAAUAUUUAUUGCCAAAUUUGUAUUGGCAGCUCUUAAAUCACAGGUGAGAUCAGGAGCGGGCAAGGUGACCAGAUGCAGUGCCGACAGAGCUCAGGAAAGCGACUGCCAGAGAGAACAGGUGCCAAAGAGUGAACCAGGAGAGGGCUGGAAACAUCUCUCCUUAGCACGGACAAGGAAAAUGGGGAGCAACUUGAACAAGGGAGGCUGCUGAAGGGCACUGCCAAAAGGCAGGGUUAUGAGAGCUCUGACAAACAGAGAGGGGACAUUAGCCCUGCCACAUCCUUUAACUCUCCCAUGUAAUUCGGCUACGGUUUUUCAGAUGUAAAAUGCAGAGUUGGAGGAAGGAAAGACAAACCCUCAGAGUCUCUACCGAUCAGUGACAAGUAUAUAAAGAAGUCAGAUUCCCCCAGAAGAUAAUUUUAUUUUUCAUGGUGGAGAGUUCUCACUGAGAAUUUUGAACUGCUUAGACAAACUUUUAAAAGGAGAAAAAAAAGCUUUCCUGCUACAAUGAGCAUUCGGUACAUAUUUGUAUGCUGUGUACAGUAUGAGCUAAUGCAUACCAUAUAUUGUUUUUGUUAUUCCACACGUUGUCAACAGCCCACUUGCGAUAUCUGCCACCUGAAUUAUCUAUUGAUAAGUUAGCUACCACUGAAGCUAGUUUGUUUAUUGUUUCAGAAUCUUAUGUCCCUAUGAAAUGCUGUGUGUAUAUAUAUAUAUAUCUAUACUGUAAAAAGAAGUAAUACUGCAGAUGCUGGUUUUGUAUUUAUGAAAGACAUUGAAAGUAUGGCUUAAAGUAUAUCAAUUAUUUGUCAC